ACUAUACUACAACACAAAAAGCAAUAGAAGACGCAAUAAAUGCAAAACUUCAAGAACUCCCUGAGAGCUCAAACUUAAUCUCAGAAGAAAUACGAAAUAUCUUGCCUUUCGAACUACCAAUCAAAAAAAGAUCACAAACAACUACUAUA